AUGAAGUUUACCGAUGGUCUCUGGCAUCUUCGAGAUGGAGCCAAAGCCGCCUGGGCCCUCAACGUGCAAGAUGUCCAGAAGACUGAGAGCGAGCUGACGUUGGUCUGCGCUACAGUACCAAUUAGGCACAGAGGGGAUACGCUCAAAGUGACUGGGGAGAGAUCAGGACCGAUCAUCAACAUCAAGCUAACCGCGCCUGCCGAGGGCAUCAUCGGCGUCAAGCUGCAGCAUUUCACUGGUAAAGCACCUGGAUACCCUUCCUUCGAGCUGUUCCCCACGGACGCUCCGCCUCCCUCCAAGCCUAAGAUUUCCCAGCACAAGGACAGUAUCCAGUUCACCGCCGGUCCUCUCAUCGCUCAAAUCAACAAACCCCACGGCAGCUUCUCGAUCGACUUUUCCUCUUCCGAUGGGAAGUUCCUUACCUCAGCUUUGCCCAAGAGUCAAGCGAUGAUGGACCUGCCUUGGAAGUUCACCCGUGACUCGGCGAGUGCCACGAGUUGUUUGGAGACGGAUGUCAGUAGCAACCCCCAGCCGGAGAGGGAGACACCGUUUGUGAGGUAUAUGCAGGCAGAGUUGCAACUGAGUGCCGGGGAGCUGGUGUACGGUCUUGGUAUGCAACCCCUUCUGUUCUUAAACCCUUUCCCUCCAUCCUGUGAGCAAUUCCGUGCAUUCGUGAAGAACGGCCAGCAAGUGAGCAUGUGGAACCGUGAUGGAGGGACAUCGUCCGAGCAGACGUACAAGGGUGUGCCGUUUUACCUCACGAAUAGGAACUACGGCGUGUUUGUAAACGAUCCGGGUGAGGUGGACUUCGAGGUGGGAAGCGAGAAGGCGUCACGCGUCGGGAUCGCAGUCCGAGGUGAGGAGCUGGAGUACUACAUCAUCUACGGGUCUGAGCCCAAGGAGAUCCUGCGUCGAUACACACUUCUGACUGGCCGGCCUGGUCUGCCCCCAACAUGGACGUUCGGUCUCUGGCUCUCCACCUCUUUCCUGACGGACUACGACCAGACCACCGUGUCCGGUUUCCUGCAAGGGAUGCAGCAACGUUCCUGCCCAGUCCGGGUGUUCCACUUCGACUGCUUCUGGAUGAAGCAAUACCACUGGUGCGACUUCACGUUCGACCCCGCAUUUUUCCCCGAUCCGGCCGCGUUCCUCUCCACCAUUAAGAAACAGUUCAACGUCAAGGUUUGCCUGUGGAUCAACUCGUAUAUCGGCCAACAGAGCCCCCUGUUUGCGGAGGGGGUGAAGGGAGGAUACUUUAUCAAGCGCACCAAUGGCGAGGUGUGGCAGUGGGACCUCUGGCAGCCAGGCAUGGCUAUUGUGGACUUCACGAACCCGGAGGCGUGCAAGUGGUACACGGGCAAGCUGAGGAAACUACUGGAGAUGGGUGUGGACUGCUUCAAGACCGACUUUGGCGAGCGGAUCCCGCACGCCAGCGUGAAAUUCCACGAUGGAUCCGACCCCUACCGGGCGCAUAACCACUACGCGAUCCUGUAUAACAAAACUGUGUUCAACCUGAUCAAAGAGGUGAAGGGCGAAUACGAGGCGGUCCUGUUUGGCCGGAGCUCGAGCGCGGGCGGCCAGAGGUUCCCGGUUUCAUGGGGUGGAGAUCCGCACAGUACUUAUGAGGCGAUGGCGGAGACGAUGCGAGGUGGCCUGUCAUUCACUCUCUCUGGCUUCGCCUACUGGUCGCACGAUAUCGGCGGCUUUGAGGGCCAUCCGCCUCCCGAGAUUUACAUGCGCUGGAUAUCGUUCGGUCUCUUCUCCUCCCACAGCCGUCUUCACGGCUCCGGCUCCUACCGUGUUCCCUGGAACUACGGCGAAGACGCGGCGAAAGUGAUGGCCAAGUACGUGGAGACGAAACACAGGCUCGUUCCGUACCUCUACGCACAGGCGAUCAACGCCCAUCUGACGGGAGAGCCAAUAAUGCGCGCUACGUUCCUUGAGUUCCCGGCAGAUCGGACAACCUAUCAUCUGGACCAACAGUACAUGCUUGGACCAUCAUUGCUCGUUGCACCUGUGUUCGGGAACGACCAGCACAUGCACGAGUACUACCUCCCGGCCGGGAAGUGGACGUCCUUCUGGGACGAUGCGAAGGUCGUCGAGGGCCCUCGCUGGAUCAAAGAGACGGUGCCAUACGACACCAUCCCUGUGUGGGUCAGGGAAAGCAGCGUGCUUGUCCUCGGCCCUAAGGGGGCAAAGGUGCCGGACUAUGAUUAUCUCGAGAGCGGCACGGUCAAGGUGUACGACGGGCCUUUUGAGAAGCUUGAGGUGAUCAUACCUCGCGGGAAGGGCAAGGAGGUUGCAGCUACUAUUGCGAUCAAGCGCUCGCAACAGGGCCACAUCUCCGUCAGCUCGAAAGGAGACGAUAUUUCCGCGCUGGCGGGACAGGUCAUCAAAGAUGGCAAGGCGUCAGCACUGAAACUGACAGAGUAUUGA